UUAAAGGUUGUAACAGGCUUAGAGAGACGUGCUCAGCUAGAGCUUGUUCAGCCAGGUGAUCGCGAGUGGGUUACUAUUAUCCAGAGCAUCUGCGCCGCUAGGUAUGCAACCCUACCUUUUAUUAUCUACAAAGGACGCGUCUACAUCUCUGCCUAUUCCUACGCGCGAGAUCACUCCUCCACUCUUCGCUCCAGCUUACAAAUAACGUUACUCUGCAUGAAGAAGGUGGCAUUACGAGUCUUAAAGCACUUUAAUAAGCACACAAAGGCGCGCACUUUUAGCAGCCAUCAGCUGCUUAUUCUAGACGGCCAUGAGAGCCACAACUUAGUUGAAUUCCACCAGUACUGUGAGGAACACAAGAUUAUUACCCUGUGUAUCCCUCCACACUCGUCGCACCUACUGCAGCCACUUGACGUAGGCUGUUUUGCCCUGUUAAAGAAGGCCUAUGGCCGCCAAGCUAAGUGGCUGAUGCGCAGCAGGAUUACUUACAUCACUAAACUUAAGUUCUUGCUGUGCUUUAAAGCGGCUUUUGACGCCUUAAUUACAGAGAGCAACAUCUAG